CAGGCUGUGGAGCCGGCUUUGAAGCGGGGAGUGGCGGUGGCUCAGCGGCUGAGAAGGGCGCUGAAAGACGAGCUCUCCCUCACCGUAUCCGUCGGAGUUGCCCCUACCAAGCUAGCCGCCCGUCUGGCCGGCCCCGCCAACAAACCCGAUGCCAUAACUGUCGUACCGGCGUGCAGGGUACGGCAGUUCAUGGCGGCCGUACCACUGAAGACCGUACCCACCCUGACGGGAAAGGCGGGAGCUCGCGUGGUUUCGGAGUUGCUUGGAGUCACACCCGGUGGUGGUGGCGGCAGCGGCGGCGGAGGUGGCGGCAGCGGCGGAGGUGGCGGAGGUGACGGAGAUGCCAGCGGCGGCGGCGGCAAUAAUGGUAGCGGCAGUAACAGCCGUGAAGCCAUCACCGGCACCACCCCCACCACCCCCACCCCCACUACCAUGCUGGUGGGUCAGCUCCUCUGCUGGAGCCGCCCCCAGCUGGUUGGCCGCUUCGGAUCCAAGUUAGGCAACUUCCUGGCCGACCUGCCGUACGGGGGCCCCGGGGGGCACUGCGGCGGCGGUGGGGGUGGCGGAGAGGACACCACCCUAGCGCACCUCCGAACACUGGAAGGAGGAGGGGGAGGAGGAAACGCAGGAGCAGUGACAGCAGCAGCAGCAGCAGGGGAUGGAGGAGGCGCAGGAGCAGGAGGUGGUGGUGACUGUGGUGAGGUUCGUGAUCGCGGGCCCCCGAAGAGCUUGCUGGUGGAGCGCAGCUUCCCGCCCCUGACCCGCUUCGGGGGGGUGAAGGCGGCACUGGUGCCGCUGGUGGGGGGGCUGUGGGGCCGCGUGGUGGAGGAUGCGGUACGACACAGCCGCCAGCCCUCCAAGCUGCACCUCUCCUGGCGUCAGGGCUACGGAGCGGUAAAGAGCAGGUCUGGGGAGGUGUCGGCGACAGUGCUGCAGGCGCUGAAGACCGCAACCGCCGCCGCCCAUGCCGCUGUGGCUGCCGCCGCCGCCUCCACUGCCGCAGCGCCAACACCCGCUACAGUGACGAGCGGCACGGCAGCUACGGCAGGGGGAGGGGAGGCGGCUGUCACAACCUCCCAUUUGCUAGUGCCGGUAGCGCCCGUCGCUAGUCCCCUUCCUUAUCUUUCUCCUCCUCCACAGCAGCAGCACCUGCUGCUGCAGUCGCCGUCGUCAC